AUGUUUCCAAAAGCUCGCAGCAUCUUAUUUUCUUCCUCAUCCUCUUCCUCUAUCUCUUAGCUACUAACAAUACAGAAAGAUGACUGGGUUUCUUGUUAUAGCCCUUCUGCUGUGUCUUCUCAAAGAUGGAAUGUACAAGGCCACGGCGUGGGAUGAUAAAGACUUCUUCAGCUACUGUCCGCCAUCUCGCUGCAGCGAACAUGGGCCGGAGAUCAGGUUCCCUUUCCGGCUUGAAUCCAGCAAUACAUCAUCAUUAUGCGGAGCACCAUGCAUGAAGCUAGCAUGCUCUGGCGAGGACACCAUUCUGCUUCACCCAGCUCUUGCCGCAUACAAAGUGACCGCAAUAGAUUACAGGCGUUCUACCCUGACGAUAACGCCUCCUGUAAACUCCCCUCCCUGCCACUUGAUUGCCAAGCUCAUGUCCAUGUCAGCAAGUAUACCGUCCGACCCUUGCUCUAUAUUCUCCGAUCAAUUUGCAGCCAUAGUAUGCUGUUCAAGAAAGUCCACACCAAGCACGAGUGCUGGCGAUUAUAUCCUUGGCCCAAUCUCUUGCCUUAGCAACACAACACACUUCUCGUAUCUGGUGGAUACUGAUCAAUACAUGUCUGUUCUUCCGUUGGACUGUAAGGUCAUCUCAGAUGGCAUGAUUCGAAUGCCACGUAUCAUGCUAGAUAUCGUGUCAGAUACCACCACAGAGUUCAAGGAAAUAGCAGAAAGAAUCACCAACGUUACUGAGAUGACUGUCAGUUGGGAUCGUUAUGAACUUGGAAUUCCCUACAAUUGCACAGAGUGUGAAAAUCAUGGGCGACGCUGCGCAUUUAGCUCACAGAUGAACCAAACAUUCUGCAUGCGUCACGGUUCACACGUCAAAGUCAUUGCAGCUACAUCAUCGGUAGCCGCACUAGUUGUCCUAUUGUUGAUGGUGGCCAGUGCACUCUAUCUUUCACUAAAGAGAAGAUAUAACGAAGAGAUACACUUGAAGGUUGAAAUGUUCCUCAAGACAUAUGGCACGUCGAAACCCACAAGGUACACAUUCUCUGAAGUUAAGAAGAUAGCAAGGCGAUUCAGGGAAAAAAUAGGCCAAGGUGGAUUUGGAAGUGUAUACAAAGGUGAGCUACCAAAUGGAGUGCCUGUGGCAGUCAAAAUGCUAGAGAACUCUACAGGAGAGGGAGAAGACUUCAUCAAUGAAGUUGCAACGAUAGGACUAAUCCACCAUGCGAAUAUUGUGCGCCUCCUGGGCUUUUGCUCUGAAGGAACAAGACGUGCCCUUAUUUAUGAAUUCAUGCCCAACGAGUCAUUGGAGAAAUACAUAUUCUUGCCGGAUUCUAGUACUUCUAAAGAACUACUGCCAAACAAAAUGGUAGAUGUCGCUUUAGGCAUUGCCCGAGGAAUGGAAUACCUACAUCAAGGAUGCAGUAAGCGCAUCCUCCACUUUGACAUCAAGCCUCACAACAUUCUGCUAGACUACAACUUCAAUCCUAAGAUCUCAGACUUUGGCCUUGCAAAACUGUGUGCAAGGGAUCAAAGCAUUGUUACCUUGACGGCAGCAAGAGGCACUAUGGGCUAUAUUGCACCAGAGCUAUAUUCUCGGAAUUUUGGAGGCGUAUCCUACAAGUCCGAUGUUUACAGUUUUGGCAUGCUAGUGUUAGAAAUGGUGAGUGGAAUGAGAAACUCAGACCCAAGUGUUGAGAGUCCAAAUGAGAUUUACCUCCCAGAAUGGAUCUUUGAGAAAGUAAUUACCGGGCAGGACUUGGUACUUGCUAGGGAAAUGACAGAAGAGAAAGAAAAGGUGAGGCAGCUGGCAAUUGUGGCACUAUGGUGCAUUCAAUGGAACCCAAAGAACCGACCCUCAAUGACAAAGGUGGUAAACAUGUUAACAGGGCGGUUGGAGAAUCUACAGAUUCCCCCAAAGCCUUUUGUCUCAUCUGAAAGUCAUACUAUGGCGUAAAACAUGGAGGGCACACAACAAUGGCUUAGCGAAUAUUUGAGAGAUAAACUUUGUUCCUACUGUGUUGCAUAAUAAUGCAUAGCACUAGCAUGCAAUGUAUUUCAGUCUUUCCACUGUAUUAGCACCUGAUGCAUGAAUAAUUGGUGGUCACAAAUGUAAUACCGCUUGUUAUUUGCAUUAUAUCAGAUUCACAUUGGACUUGAGCUGUAAUCUAAUAGUUCAAAGACAAUAUUUUUUAAAUUUCCA